CAUUUUUUAUUUAGCGUGUUUACAACAUGGAAAAUCGGGAAUUAUUUUAUAGUAAAUCCAAAUUACUAAAAUAUCUGAACAAAAAUAUUGAAGAGUGUAUCAAUAAAAAAAAUCCGUUUUUACGAAUAGAUAAAUCAUACAAUAUCAACGUAGCGUUAAAUAAAAAUGGAAUGAAGAUAGACAUAUCAGAACAAGAAUUGUCUCGGACAACGGAAAGCUAUCUUGAGCAUGCCCAAAAAAAGAUAGAAAACUUUCAAAAAACAAUUGCCGCACAAAAUACCGAAAUUUCGAAUCUAAAAGAUGAAAUUUAUAAAUUAGAAUAUAGUGCAAAGGAAAACGAUAAACAUCUGAAAGACAAGAUUGCCCUGCUGGAAUACAAAGACAGGACAGAAGUCCGCAGUCCCAAGGUGCUGAGUAGUAUAGAUGCCCCCUCAAAUAGCUCUGGUUGGACUGUUAUUCAGUGUCGUAAAACAGGGCGAAUUGAUUUUAUUACCGAGAGCUACUUAUACAAUGUCGGCUUUGGUGACGCGAACGAUGGUUAUUGGAUCGGUUGCGAGAAAUUGCACGGGUUUACGAAAACCCAAAGACAUGAACUUUAUAUUGAGCUUGCGGACUCCAAUGGAAGAAAAUACUUUGCCCGGUACAAUAACUUUGUAAUAGGCAGUUUAGAAGAGAAGUAUAGACUUAAGUCACUGGGAGAAUACUCAGGAGACGCCGGCGAUGCUUUGCGAGACCAUGAAAAUAAUAACUUCGAGUUCUAUAACAAUUGGAAAGGCGUUUACAAAUCAUUUUCGUGGUGGACUGCUCCAGGUUUUAAGUGUAAUUUGAAUGGGAACUACAACAUAUCGAAGUCCAAUUCGGAACCAAUAGGAUUUUGGUGGGGUGAAAUAUCUUCCCUAAAAUAUUGUAAAAUGAGCAUUAGACCAACAAAAGAGUAAAUUAAAUGUUAUAUUAACAGGGUUCUUUUCUUA